AUGGCGUUACCAUUUUGUGCUACUGCUUGUUACUCUGUUGCUCCCUCUUCUCUCUCUCGUUCUUUGCCUCUGCUUUCAUCACACUCCCUGUCUCAAAUGCAGUUCAGUCACCCAUUCGGACUCCCUUCACGGCUCAAAUGGACCUCCGAGGCCCGAAAACCCCAAUCUCACAGGGUCUUCUGCCUUCACGACACCAAAGCUGCUGUUGUUACUGGGAAAUCAUGGGAUAAACUGAUUUUGGGAAGUGACGUCCCUGUACUCGUGGAAUUUUAUGCUAGCUGGUGUGGGCCAUGCCAGAUGGUUCACCGGAUCAUUGAUGAGAUUGCAACAGAAUAUUCUGGGAGUCUGAAAUGCUUUGUCCUUGAUGCUGACAAUGACUUGAAAGUUGCUGAGAGUUGUGAUGUUAAGGCUGUGCCAGUGGUCUUGCUGUUCAAGAAUGGUGAAAAAUGCGAAUCUGUAAUUGGUACUAUGCCCAAGGAGUUCUAUGUGGCUGCAAUUGAGAGGGUUCUAGCUUCAUAG